CUCGGCUAUUGUAUGGAUGUGAACUUAACCACGAGGCACAUAGAGCAGAUCCUGAUCUACGAGUACAUGGAAAACAACGACCUUGAGAGCUGGAUCGGAUCAGGUGUUUCUCAUCCUCUAACUCUGCGGCAACGGCUGAAUGUUCUGGUUGGAGUGGCAAAGGGAUUGCAGUACCUUCAUGACUUUGGCAUUGUGCAUCGCGACAUCAAGCCGGCCAACAUUCUCCUCGAUGCAAAAAUGCAGGCCAAGAUUGCAGACUUUGGGCUGGUGAAGCUGAGUGGAGGCACCUCCAUGGGCACAUCUGUGGCGGCCACUCGAGUGAUGGGAACACCGGGCUAUGUGGACCCUGCCUACUACAAGACACACAAGGCCACUCCAGCUGCAGACGUGUACAGCUUUGGAGUGGUGAUGCUGGCCAUCAUCACGGCACGCAAGGCCAUUCAUUUGAAAUAUGACACCCAGAUCAACCUCAAGCAAUGGUGUUGGAAAUGAACGUGCUUGCUCAUCAACACUUCACCAC